GCCGCGCGCGUUGCUGGAGGGGGGGCAAGGUCGAGGCGCUCGGCCAAUGGGAGGCGGCGUUGUUGCGGGCCACGGCGGCGCAGCCCCCGGAGCGAGUGAGGCCCGCCGCGCUGCCGCCACUGCCGCAGGAGGCGUGAGGGAACACAAGCGUUCAGAUGGCAGAGAACAGUUUUUCAGAUGGGGUUCCCACCGAAACUGCGGAUGCUGCUAAAAGCACAGGCAGCCCAGAGAAGCUGAGCGACCAGGUGAUGCAGAACCCGCAGGUCCUGGCCGCUCUGCAGGAACGCCUGGACAGCGCCUCGCACACGCCUUCCAGCUACAUCGAGACGUUACCCAGAGCAGUGAAGAGAAGAAUCAGCGCGUUGAAGCAGCUGCAGGUGAGGUGUGCUCACAUAGAGGCCAAGUUCUAUGAAGAAGUUCACGACCUGGAGAGAAAGUACGCCGCCUUGUACCAGCCCCUGUUUGACAAGAGAAGAGAAUUCAUUACUGGUGAUGUUGAGCCAACAGACGCUGAGUCGGAGUGGCACAGUGACAGUGAGGAGGAGGACAAGCUGGCCGGGGACAUGAAGAGUAAGCUCGCUGUGGAGGAGGACGCUGCCGCCGAGGAGCCAAGCCCCAGAGGCAUCCCCGAGUUCUGGUUCACCAUCUUCCGGAACGUGGACAUGCUAAGCGAGCUCGUGCGGGAAUAUGAUGAACCAAUCUUAAAACACCUGCAAGACAUUAAAGUGAAGUUUUCAGACGCUGGACAGCCUAUGUCUUUCGUGUUAGAGUUCCACUUCGAGCCCAACGACUACUUCACCAACUCUGUGCUGACCAAGACGUACAAGAUGAAGUCGGAGCCCGAUAAGGCCGACCCCUUCUCCUUCGAGGGCCCUGAAAUCGUUGACUGUGACGGGUGCACCAUCGACUGGAAGAGGGGCAAGAACGUCACGGUGAAGACCAUCAAGAAGAAACAGAAGCACAAGGGCCGCGGCACCGUGCGGACCAUCACCAAGCAGGUGCCCAACGAGUCCUUCUUCAACUUCUUCAACCCGCUGAAGGCAUCCGGCGAUGGAGAGUCCCUGGAUGAAGACUCUGAGUUCACGCUGGCCUCUGACUUUGAGAUCGGACACUUCUUCCGAGAGCGCAUCGUACCACGAGCGGUACUCUACUUCACCGGGGAGGCCAUAGAGGACGAUGAGAACUUUGAAGAAGACGAGGAAGGAGAAGAGGAGGAGCUGGAAGGCGACGAGGAGGGAGGAGAGGAUGACGAUGUCGACGUCACCCCGAAGGUGUAAUUUUUGUCUGUUAAUCAUUCAUGCAUUUCUAGAAGGAGCCCAGCCAGCCGGCAGAGUGCAAGCAGCAGUGAGGACCACAGCUCCGGCGCCCGUGGGUGCGGGCGGGCCUCGCCCCUGCCCCCUCAAGGCGAACGCGUUCUCAACUGCAUGGUUCCCACUCCUCUGUAUUAUCUCGCUUCCCUUGUACAGUGGCACCUGAAAUGCAUUUCAGAAGUAGGAGGUUUGGUUGCAGCCCUGGGCUGGGAGGGACAGAGGCCUGGACGCCCUCGGUGGCCGCAGUCCUUGCUCUGCACUGGAGCCUGGCGCUGGCCUCGUAUUUAUUUUGCGUUCCUGCCGGAGCCCUUCCCUUCUCCAGGACUGGUGGGCCUG